AUGUCAAUGGACAUUAUAAAAUCAGUAGAACAUUUAUCUAAAAUUCAGAGAGAUAAUCAACAACAGAUCACUGAUAGAACAUUUUUCAUUGAUGCUUCUAACCAGAGCCUAACUACCAUUCCACUGGAGAUCUUAGAAUUAAAAGAAUUAGAAGAAGUACAUUUGGAAAAUAACAAGAUUGAAGUGAUUCCUCAGAAUAUUCAGCAUUUAAAAAAUGUUAGGAUCCUCUACUUAAAUAAGAACAAACUGAGGAAGCUGUGUCCGGAGCUGGGGGAGCUGAGCAGGCUGGAGGGCCUAGAUCUCAGCUACAACCCCAUCCUUCCCUCCUCCAUCCAAGUUAUCAGCCACAUCCGCACCCUUCGUGAACUCCGGCUCUACAAGAUUUACCUGAGGGAGUUUCCUAUUGCGAUCUGUAAAUCCCUUCACCAUCUGGAGCUACUUGGACUGUCGGGAAACCUCCUAAAAUCUUUGCCCAAGGAAAUAGUGAACCAGACCAAACUGAGGGAGAUCUACCUGAGUCAAAACAAAUUUGAAGUUUUCCCUCCAGAACUCUGUGUUCUCUACAACCUGGAGAUCAUUGACCUGGAUGAAAACAAAUUAAAUUCCAUUCCAGAAGAGAUUGGAAACCUGACAAUGCUGCAGAAGUUCUAUGUGGCUUAUAACAAUGUGCCCUCUAUACCCCAGUCACUAUGCCACUGCAGCAAAAUGUCAGUCCUUGAUUUUUCCCAUAACUCCCUCCACUGCAUCCCACACACCCUCACUGCACUCACAGAAAUGACAGAAAUAGGGCUGAAUGGGAACCACCUAGAGAAGGUGCCCCACCUCAUCUAUAAGUGGACCUCGCUGCACCUGCUCUAUCUGCACAACACAGGUCUACGGAGUCUGCAGCGCUCCUUCAGGCAUCUGGUUAACUUGCGUUUCCUGGAUCUUAGCCAGAACCAGCUGGAACACAUUCCUUUGCAGAUUUUUACACUGAAGAACCUGGAAAUCCUGGCGCUGGAUGAUAAUAAAAUACAACAGUUGCCUCCACACAUUGGCUCACUUUCAAAACUGAAGAGUCUUGGAUUAACAGGAAACCAGUUCUUUUCCUUUCCAGAGGAAAUCUUUUCUUUAUUGUCCUUGGAGAGACUAUACCUGGGGCAAGAUCAGGGAAUCAAGCUUACCAGUGUGCCCGGACACAUCCACAAACUGCAGAGUCUUAAAGAGCUGCAUAUAGAGAACAAUCACCUGGAGUACCUGCCCGAGUCCUUGGGUUUACUGCCUAACCUGGAAAUUCUUGAUUGCCGCCACAAUAGGCUUCAGCAACUUCCCGAUGCCAUUUGCCAAGCACAAGCUUUGAAAGAACUGUUGCUUGAGGACAACUUGCUCACCCAUCUUCCAGAGAAUUUGGAUAGUCUACUCAAUAUGAAAACUCUGACACUGAUGGAAAACCCCAUGGCAGAACCCCCGAUAGAAGUAUGUGCUAAAGGUCUUGAGGCUAUAUGGAGAUAUCUUAGGAAAAACAGAAAUAUGAAAAUAAUGGCAACAAAGAUCCAGGCAUGGUGGCGUGGAAUGAUGGUAAGGAAAGGACUGGGGAUAUAUGAAGAACUACAAAGACCACGGAAAAAAGGAAAGAUCUCUCCAAAAGAUAAGAAAGGAAAGAAGGAUGAAAAAGGAAAACCUCCAAAGGGAAACAAGAAAUAA